UCAACAUGAAUAUUCCAUUUCAAAUGUGUGUUGAGGUACCCACCCACCAUUUAAGGAUGGUAGGAGAUGCGAGCAAACCAAUUCUCAGUGAACACUUGGUGCACACAAUCUUUUUCACUUUAAGCUUUGCAUGUUCACAUGUAGAGAUUUGUGUGUGUGUGCAUGUGCGCCUGUCAGUGUUUGCAUGCAUGUGUGGUUAUGUGUGUGUGUGUGCAUGCAUGCCUGUGUGUGAUCCUUUAUUGGUCUGUUAUUAUCACCUCUGUUCCAUGACUAGAAGCGUGAUCUUGGAACUUUAAUGGGAGAUCAAUUAUGAAAUUGGAUUUCAGAAGGGGGCUGAAGCCCACCUCCCAAUCCUUACUUCGAGGGAAGGGAUCUUGAUGAGUAUGGAUGACAUGGACACUUCGCAAGUGUGGAGCUUCAAGUACAGGUUUUGGCCAAACAACAAGAGUCGGAUGUAUGUCCUAGAGAACACUGGAGAGUUUGUUAAAUCACAUGGCAUACGACUUGGAGACUUCAUCAUGUUAUACAGAGAUGACCACAAACAGAAAUAUAUUAUUCGAGCAAAGAAGACUUUAGACCGGGAGGCACCUCCUGCUUCUUCAAAGAAUGGCUUAUUCAAUGCUAACACUGCCGAUGAUCAGCUGGUGCCCAACAUGGGGGUAAGUAAAUCAAGCUACUUCCAUGUAAAUCUUCCAGUUACAGAUGAGAUGUGCAUGGGGUUCCUCCUCAACGAUGCCUUCUCAUCGGAAUUUCCGAUAGAUCUUUGGAACGGAAGGCUUCAGUCCACGACCAGCUUUGGGUCUGUCGAGAACUUGUCUCUUGAUGACUUCCCAUGAAGCCAGCCUUUCUUCCAUGAUCUUUAAAAACACUUGCUGAACAUAUUACCUUCUUGUUUUGUAACUUCUCUUUCAAGGGGACCUUUUAAGUCA